AUGAUGCUGAAGAAAGAAAUUGGAGUUGAUGUUUUGGCAUUUUCUCCAAAGACUAUUGUCAAGAUGUCUAAAAAUAGUCUUCCUUCAGAUUUGAAUAAGAAACUAUGGGAAUCAAAUUUGGUGAGAUUUGGAACAGCCAAGAAUUCAAAAAAGUAUGCAAAGAUUGUUGACAGUCUUGAUCAAAUGAACAAAAUGCCAACAGAACAGCAUAUCCUGGACAGUUUUAAGUGCUUGGCUGCAAAUGUGAAAAGUAGACAGGAGAGAGUUGUGAUAGUGGUCAAAGAAGUAAAAAUCUUAUGGAAAAAACUGAAUCUUCCAAUUCAAAAAGGCAAAUCUACAGUGGAAAGAAAAACUGAGAAUGUACUAAACAAGUAUGAAAAAAACAGCAGAAAACCAGGAACGCAAGACUUUACCAACUUGUUCAACAUGUCAACAAAUGGUAGAGCUGGCUACUGCACCACAAUUGAAGAUACACAAGGAGUUCAUCCUAGAAAACUAAAGUUGAUUAAGCAAAAAAUCAGUCAAGAUACUAAGGAUGAUUUAAACAGUGAAGAUGAAGAACAGCAAAAUUCUGACAGUAGUUCUCAAGAUUCAGAUGCUCUGAAGAAAGAAGAAAAAAUUGUUUGGAGAGAUGAUAUGGCUUUCCUUCAUCACUUGAUCACUUGUUACAGACAGUUUAAGAAAACAGGAUGCUUCCCAAAAAUAAAUUUCAGAACUUUGCCAAAUAUAAGCAAUGCAGGAUAG